AUGGAAAUACCCCAUAACAGCGGCCAGGCCCGCAACCUAGGCACCAGGAUACACACAGGUACCGCAACGAGGCUGAUCCUUCCGGGCUGCCCACUCGGUCAGGCCAAGUUGGUAGCGACGACGGCGACGAGGCUCGACCUGCCCUCGAGAGAUGUCACCGCCGAAACCCUCGAGGAUACCUACGUCCAGUUCAUCCUCGCCUGCAACCCUGGUGUUCCCUUGAGUGCAGACACCACGGUCCUGAGGGACGCCUUUCGCACGCCGCCCAGAAGCGGAGGCAAGUCUUUCAGCACGUGGACCCUCUUCGAGCUGAUCGCACAGUUCCAAAGCAAGGAGAUCAAGACCUGGGGCGAGCUGGCCUUGAAGCUAGGCGUCGAACCACCGGACCAGGACAAGGGACAGAGUUCCCAGAAGAUCCAGCAGUACGCAGUCCGUUUGAAGCGCUGGAUGCAUUCUAUGCACGUCGAUGCCUUCUUCGAGUAUCUCCUGGACAACCUACACCCAUACUGGGUCGACAUCCCGACGGAUAUGAACCCGGUCUGCGAGGAAGGGCGUGACGGUGUGCCUGCAGAGGAUGACAUGGCACUGCGCUCUCUCCUGCCGCACAUCAGACCACGAAGAGGACGAAAGCGACCCGACGACGACAACAACAGCUUCAGCAGGUCACCCACCCAGCGGCUCAAGAUGGAACAAGGUGGAGGAGGCGGGGGAGGAAGAGGAGGAGGCGACCAGCCGGGCGUCGACCAACUCGACCUGUGGUCCGGAACUGCGGCAGAUCCCGACACGAGAGGCGGUGCGCCGUAUCACCACCUUUACCCGACCCAGGACCAGUUCACAAGAGUGGACCUAGGCAUGACGACGACGAACACUGGAUCAUGGGUGACGGGCCAGGACUUCUCCCAACAGCAACAGACGCCCAUGACAGCACAUUCUUACUCGGCAGUAACGCCAGCGACCACCGCAAACCCCUUUUGGGCCGACCAACAACAACAACAACAACAACAACAACAACAACAGCAUCAGCAACAAGCAAACGAACCCAAAUCAGCAAUGACACCGACUAUGACUACGAAGCCCAAGACCAACAGGCGGCACGGUGCCAAGGUGGUCUCUUCUGCGUGGAGGAGCGGCGGGCCAGGAGGCUCGGGAAAAACACGAGGCCGACCACCACUGAACAGACGGACCACGGCAACCUCGCCCUUCUCGACGUUUCCUGCUGGACAGAGCAGCAGUCCUCCGGCGACGUUCAAGCAGCAUCAUCAGCACGCUUCACCACACAUGAUGGACGCAAGUAUCGCACACCCUACGUUGAUGACGUUAGCGUCUACAACAGGCCACCACAGCCAUCACCACCACCAGCAGCACGGCUUGCCUAUGCAACAGCAGCAGCAGCACCACCACCACCACCACCAGGGCGGCUACGACUUAUCACAGCAGCAGCAAGAGGAGGCACAGGCCCGGAAUCUGAGGAUGACGCGCAGCAGGCUGUCGCUACAGGUGCCAGAGAGGAUUGGCAGCGAGGUGAGGGGGAUGCCUGCGCCACAUGGGCAACAACAGCAGCAGCAGCAGCGGCAGGCGCCUGUGGUGCUGGUCAAUGGGGCCAUCACCAGUGCAGAAGACGCCAACAGCAACAUGCCCAUCACCAACAACAUCACCCCCAGCAGCAGCAGCAGCAGCACAUACAACAACACCUCCCACAGAGCUCCCAAGACACCUCGUCCCUCUACUCGACAACCACUGGCAGCACAACACACCACAACUAUCAGCCCAACCCCCAGCAACCACAACAACUUCAAUCCCCGCCCCAGACCCUCUUCCAGCAACCCACCCGAGGCAGCAUCAGCGUCGCCGGCUCUGCCAGUGCUCUCUCGACCGCUGCAGGAGCCUUUCCCUCGCCGCACCAACAUGGACGCGCUCGAGUCUCUCUUCACAUACGAGCUACUGGGCGCCGACUGGACCGACGCACAGGGCCACCAGAUCCCCGCAUGCGGCGUGGACGAGGCAGCAGCCGUGGCACAGGAGAUCAUCGAGACGGUGCGGCGCGAGGCGAGCGGCGCGCAGGGGUUUCUGAUGAACCUCAGCGCGCUGGCGGGCAUGACGUGGCUGCGGACGCCUGGACAGCGGCUCAAGGUGCGGCGGGUGGGCGAGUUGGAGAUGCCUCCUCCUGACGAUGGGGGCGGCGGUGGUGUAGCUGGCGGAGGGGCAACGACGGGCAGGAAUGUGUAUGACAUCCACUGGAGCCUGCAGCUUGGGGAUGUGCAUAGUGGGUUUGGGCUGAGGGAGGAGGUGGCGAGGGAGAAGUGGGCGCCACAUGGGGGAAGCAGGAGGAGGAAGAGUGCGAGGAGGAGGACGACGGGGUUAACAACAGGACUGCCAGGUUUCAGGAGGGGAGCAGGUGUGCAGCGGGCUGGAGGAGGAGAGGGAGAGGGAGAGGAUGAUGCAGAGGGCGAGGAAGAGGACGAGGACGAGGAGGCAGAAGCAGAGGAGGGGGCGGAGGGGGCAGGGAAUGAUGAUGAUGCUAGCCGGGAGGGAGGAACAGGUAUUGAGAGUGGCGAGGAGGGGGGUAGUAGCGAUGCCGAAAGGUGGCGGAGGAGGUAUCGCGAUCUCUUGGGCGUAGUCCAAGGCCAACAGGCAGAACUGGAUGACCUUCGAAAGGCCAUGUUGGACCUUUGCCGACCCAGAACAAGGGAUGGGGAGUAA